UGCAUGAGGUCUAUACAAAGGAGUUGCUCUCAGCAUUCAAACACAUUCAUCGUUGAUUCCAGCGAAGAGAGAAGCAUGCCUGAACCAGCGAAGUCUGCCCCCAAGAAGGGCUCUAAGAAAGCGGUGACAAAGACCGCCGGGAAAGGAGGCAAGAAGAGGAGAAAGACUAGGAAGGAGAGCUACGCCAUCUACGUGUACAAGGUGCUCAAGCAGGUGCACCCCGAUACCGGCAUCUCCUCUAAGGCCAUGGGCAUCAUGAACUCCUUCGUCAGUGACAUCUUCGAGCGCAUCGCCGGUGAGGCCUCCCGUCUGGCUCACUACAACAAGCGCUCCACCAUCACCUCCAGGGAGAUCCAGACCGCCGUCCGCCUGCUGCUGCCCGGUGAGCUGGCCAAGCACGCUGUGUCUGAGGGCACCAAGGCCGUCACCAAGUACACCAGCUCCAAGUAAACUGAUCCUGAUAUCUACAACAACCCAAAGGCUCUUCUAAGAGCCACCACCUCUUCUCAUAAGACAUAUUCCACAUUAACUUGACAUGUUGACUGACUUCAACAACUAUAGAAAAAGUUAUGGAAACUUUAACAGCGUUUAACAGUAACAGAUGAGACAAUAUUAACCGUCAUUCUACUCACUCGGGCAGUUACCAUUUGAUGUGGUUUUGUACUUGAAUGUACCUGCUAUGAUGAGCCCCUAUUUACUAAUAAACUUGUCGGCUU